AUGGAGUGUAACUUCAAUUUCUUGAUUGCUAUAUUGUUUUUUGGAGUGUUAGGAGUCUGCAAUGGGGGUGCGCUGAGAAAGAAUUUCUACAAAAGUAGUUGUCCCCAAGCCGAGCAGAUUGUUCAAAACAUUACAUGGAAACAUGUUGCUAGCAAUUCAACAUUGCCUGCUAAGUUUCUGAGGAUGCAUUUCCAUGACUGUUUUGUUAGGGGCUGUGAUGCCUCGAUAUUGAUCAACUCCACACCAAAUAAUACAGCUGAGAAGGAUGCAGUUCCAAAUCUAUCACUGGCAGGCUUCGAUGUUAUUGAUGAAAUAAAGACCCAACUGGAGAAUACAUGCCCUGGAGUAGUAUCCUGUGCAGAUAUUAUCACUUUAGCUGCUAGAGACUCGGUUUCUUUCCAAUUCAAUAAAUCAAUGUGGGAGGUGCUAACUGGUAGAAGAGAUGGAAAUAUUUCACGUGCUUCAGAAGCUCUGGCCAACAUACCAUCUCCAUUCUCUAACUUCACCACUCUCACACAAGCUUUUGCCAACAAAACCCUCAAUGUUCAUGAUCUCGUGGUUUUAUCAGUUGCCAAAGAGCUGGGCCAAGCUAUUGAUAGGGAUUGGCAGCGGGCCGUCCAGCUUGCCAAUAAACAACCUAGAACAGGCCUCUUCUCAGAAACCAGGCCGGGCUAG